CACUCAUUACCGUUGACGGGCAUGUAAGAUGAGUCCUGCAGCGUUCCCAGAGACGGCAACCAACGGCCCAACAGCUAGACCAGAAGAAGGAGCGAGAAAAGCCACCCGAAAGCCAUUCACUUUGUGUGUGUUCUGUGGCUCCAGCUCGGGCAACUCUCCUCAGUUCGAGACCGCGGCAGAAGAUCUUGCCAAGGUAAUGCAUGCGCAGGGUUGGUCUCUGGUCUACGGAGGUGGAAGUCGGGGUCUGAUGGGGAGCCUGGCAAGGUCUCUCGUGCAGCUUUCUGGCCCCAGAUCAGUCCACGGCGUCAUACCUAGGGCACUGAUCACCACAGAGCGUGGGGUGGACAGACCCCUGGAACAGGAGUAUGGUCACACGACAUUAGUAUCGACCAUGCACGAGCGAAAGGCGAUUAUGGCCAAGGAGGCCGAUGCGUUUGUUGCUCUGCCUGGGGGGUACGGGACAAUGGAGGAGCUCUUUGAGGCCAUCACGUGGAGUCAACUGGGCAUCCAUGGUCGGCCGGUCGUGCUUUACAAUAUUCGUGGGUUCUUUGAUGAUUUGCAGCGCUGGGUUCGUACGUCUGCAGAGGUUGGCUUUGUUUCCAGCCCUCAUUUGGCACUCUUCAAUGUUGCCAAUACCAUGCAAGAGCUCAUCGAGAUGGUUCAGUUGGCUCCAGCCGCUGGUCGAUACUCGCUCUGUUGGAGUGACCAUAAACUAUAG